AUGUAUAUCACAAGGAGUGAAUGUGAAGAGCAACAGAGUGACGCCGGUCUUGGAGAACUGUUCUUCGCUUUAAAAAGCAAAAAACUGUUCGGUACAAAAGACGCAUUACCUGUGCCACAAUUAGUAAAACAACUAAAAAUGGAAACUGUUGCUGGAAAUUAUGCACUAAUAUUUGAGAAACUGUCUGAUACCAGCUUGGAAGACAAAUGUAAAACUCAACCUUUUGACGUUCCAGUACUGAAACGAUUGGCAAAAAGUUUAUUGGAAAGCACAAAAGCCUUAAUGCGCUGUCGAACCGCUCAUCUUGAUAAUCAUAUAGGUAAUAUCUUUUAUAAUGAUGAAGAACAAAAAGCAACAUUCAUUGACUUUGGAGAAAGUGUAACAAAAAAUGGACAGGAUUACGAAGUACGAAUGUCUCAAGAUAUAAUGAACCUUGUUAUUGAUUGUUAUGUUCAAAGAGAUCCCACAGAAGCUAACAAAAUUGCAAAAUUGGAAAACUUGAAGCAAACUGUCAGGUCUGAUCAGCAAGAAGCAAAUCUCAUUGAGUCGCUCUUAUCUUUCCUCCGUAUGGAACAACAUUUUAAAGAAACAUUUGAUUUAGAAGAAGUUGAAAAGAAAAUAAACGAAAUGUAA